AUUUAGAUAUUUAUAAUUUGAUGUUUUAAAACAUAUCCAUGAUUAUGAAAAUUUAGUAGGAUAUACUUUCUAAAUUUUAAACCGAAUUACGUUUUAAAACUGAAUUACGUUUGUGCGUUUAAAACCCUACAUACCUUUUAAAUCCUACAGCAGUUUUGUGAGUUUUGGACCAUCAUCCUCUUUCUGGGGGCUGCGUCUUUCAGUAUCAGAUUCUCCCUUAAUUUCGCCAAUAUCAAGAUCUUUCUGUUCAGUCUGAACCAUCUGAUACUGGAUUAGGGUUUUACGCAGCGGAAAAGGAAGGGGAUCGCUAGGGUUUUUCUCAAAGCACACUUAAUCGAGAGAGAGCGAUGGCGGAAGUGCGUGGGUCUGAUUUUCAGAUAUAUAACACCAUGACGAAACAGAAGGAGAAAUUCGUUCCUUUAGUUCCUGGCAAAGUCGCCAUGUACGUCUGUGGCGUUACAUCUUAUGACUUCAGUCAUAUUGGUCACGCUCGUGCCUAUGUCGCCUUCGAUGUUCUCUUUCGGUAUUUGAAACAUUUGGGCUAUGAAGUUAAAUAUGUCCGAAACUUCACUGAUGUAGAUGACAAGAUUAUCAAAAGAGCCAAUGAACUUGGGGAGGACCCACUAGCUUUAAGUGGACGAUUUUGCCAAGAGUUUCUAAUCGACAUGGCUGAUCUUCAAUGCUUGCCUCCAAACGAACAACCUCGUGUCUCAGAUCACAUGGAUCAAAUAAGAGAUAUGAUAUCAAAGAUAAUUGAGAACAACUGGGCUUAUCCUGUAGAUGGAGAUGUCUAUUUUUCAGUUGGAAUUCCUCCCAAUAAUUUUCCCAAUUACGGGAGGUUAUCAGGGAGAAAGCCUGAAGACAAUAGAGCUGGUGAACGUAUUGCUAUUGAUUCAAGAAAAAGAAAUCCAGCUGAUUUUGCAUUGUGGAAAGCUGCUAAGCCAGGGGAGAUAAGUUGGGAGAGCCCGUGGGGCCCGGGAAGGCCAGGGUGGCAUAUUGAAUGCAGUGCAAUGAGUGCGACUUAUUUAACAGAAAAAUUUGAUAUUCAUGGUGGUGGAAUGGAUUUAAUCUUUCCACAUCAUGAAAAUGAGAUUGCUCAAAGCUCUGCUGCAUGUCCAAAUAGUAAUAUAACUUACUGGAUGCACAACGGUUUUGUCACUGCAAAUGAUGAAAAAAUGUCAAAAUCCGUUGGCAACUUUUUCACCAUUCGUGAGGUGACUAAAUUAUAUCACCCACUUGCCUUGAGGCAUUUCUUGAUGGGCACACACUAUCGUUCUCCGGUCAAUUACUCAAUUUCUCAAAUCGAGAUCUCCUCAGAAUCCAUCUUUUAUAUUUAUCAGACUCUGGAAGACUGUGAGAGUGCUAUUGCACAAGAAAAGGAUGCGGCUGCUUCUGUUUCUGGUGGGAAAAAAUAUCCAUCGACUGCUGAUGCCCAAAAAUGCAUUACAGAUCUUAAAACUCACUUUGAAAAAAAAAUGUCUGAUGAUUUACACACACCUUCUAUUCUCAAUGACGCCCUUCAAGAAGCCUUAAGACUGCUCAAUAAAAUACUAAGCAUGCUCAAGAAAAAGCUUCAAAAACCACAGAAGUUGUCAUACAUUCAGUCGCUGGUUGAGUUGGAGAAAGAAGUGAGGGACGUUUUAGACGUUUUAGGACUGCUUUCCAGUUCUACAUAUACCGAGGUUUUGAAGCAGUUAAAAGAGAAAGCAUUGAAGAGAGCUGAGUUGAGUGAAGAGGAGAUAUUACAACGUAUUGAAGAACGUGCAUUGGCUAGAAAGAAUAAAGAUUUCUUACGUGGGGACCAAAUCAGGAGUUAUUUGACUUCAAAAGGUAUUGCUUUGAUGGAUGUUGGGAAGGACACCAUUUGGCGCCCCUGUGUGCCAGCUGGCGCAGAAGAAGAAGAUAACACAACACAGACUCCGGUCAACGACACCUCAGAUGGUCAACUGUCCAACCUUGUUAGAAGAGCAACAAUGCUAAGGCUACAACUCAAGUAUAUGGGGUUAAUAAGGACAAACGUGGGUGAUUGGGAAGAAGAUCGUAGUAUUGAAGACAUGUUCCACCAAAUCAUCACGAAGGUUGUGGUGUCUAGCAUGGUCGUAUACUUCCUCUAUGUUUGUCUAAAUCCCACUCAUUCAAUUUUGAAUUGGUGGACGUCGUUAAAUUAUAGGUUUGCACAAAUAUCGGUCAUGAUAGAGGAUAAUCACAACUUUAACAAACUUUGA